AUGGAGAGAUCAGUGAGCCCUGAGUCCGAUGCGGAUGUUCCUUUUAAAGUAAGCGACUCGCUGGCCCCGCCCCGAAUCAACAAAGCGGCGGGGACCUCCACCAUCACGUUCGAUGGACUUCUUGAAGAACCCUUGUUGCUCAAGGAGGACCUCAAGAAUGGCUGUGGCGGUCAAUUGUGGCCGGCAGGGAUGGUUCUGGGCAAAUAUCUUCUCUCACAACAUGCGGCGGAUAUGCGCGGGAAAAUAGUAGUGGAACUGGGAGCCGGAGGCGGACUCGUAGGGCUCGCCGUGGCUCGAGGAUGUGACAUCGGGACUCCCAUCUAUAUCACCGACCAACAACCCAUGUAUUCCCUAAUGGAAGCCAAUAUCCAACUAAACCAGCUGCGGUCCAAAGUGACCGCCUCUGUACUAAACUGGGGAGAGCCGGUUCCGGCCCAGAUCCCGCCCAAACCUGACAUUAUCCUGGCUGCCGAUUGCGUCUAUUUCGAACCCGCCUUUCCUCUCCUGAUUGCCACUCUCCACGACCUCCUCGGCCCCGAUUCCGUCUGCUACUUCUGCUACAAACGACGGCGACGAGCUGACUUACGUUUCAUGAAAAUGGCCAGGAAGGCAUUUGACGUGGAACAGAUUCGGGAUGACCCCGACGCCGAGACCUACAAUCGGGAGAACUUGUUUCUCUACACCAUCCGCCUCAAGCACCCUAAGACCAUCCCAACCGUUUCCAACCCAUGCACAUUAUAG